GUGCCCUACUAGCGAUGUGUGCGCAUUUUUGCCUAGAUUGUGGUGGGAGGUGGCUCGCUAUCCAUUAUAUAAGGAAUGAAUAUUUCCAUAUGAAAUCAUUUAAAAGAAAAUAUCUGCGGCAGUUAGAAUUGUUUGUGAGUGAGUUAUUCAGUGCCAUAUCUGCAGCAGUUAGCAAUUGUGUGAGUGCAUUUUUCUGUUGAAAACUGUUUAUAUCUCCCAUUCAAUUAUUCAUCAUGCCUGUUUCGAAAGUAUACUUGCAAAAAAUCAAUGUGAAUAUACAGGAAGUGGAAGUUUUGGAGCAAAGGGUCUUAUCAUCAUUGCCAAUAAAUGAAGCAUAUGUAAUAAGGAAUAUGACCCUUUUUUCCACUCGGUUUGGUAAAUCAAUUUUAUUAACUUUGGAAGAUGUGAGGAACAAUAAUAAAUUAUUCAAAACAUGGCUACCCAAACAAAUCUCAAUGCAAUUUAGUGAUGAUGAUAUAACUUGCAUCAAUUCAUCGAGUGAUAUGGAUUUCUCCGACUUCGAGGUCAACGCUGCCAUUGACAACAUCAUGCCGGAUCUUAAGGAGGGUGCCAUGACUGCCUCCAUCGAGAGUGAGCUUUCAGAUCCUAGCUACGAGGAUGUCAUGAGUGUGCUAGGUGAGGGAAUCAUCCCGGAUAUGCUCUCCCAGAUCCGGAAUGAUGAAAAUCCAGCCCCAACUACGGGGUCGAAGAAGGUAGUGGCCUCAACCCAGGAGGUGGAGGCAUGUACAUCAUCAGCAAACCCAUCGACAUCGUUGGCGACCCCAUCGACUCCUGCAGCAGCCGCUCCCAUAAACAAUACUCCCGCCACCACCGUGCUUAUCGAAGGGGUUGACUCUUCAGAAGAGGAGAACGCUCUAGUUGAGCAUAUCGUCUUGUCUCUCAGGAAGAAGUACGAUGCUGCUAAACUUGCCUGCCAACAAAGUGAGACUGCAAGGGAAGAUAAUCAGCAUCGUCAGGAAGAGAUUGUCAGGCAACGAGCUGAACUUGCUUGGAAAGAUGCAGAACUUGCCCGGGAAUCUAAAUUUCUUGCUGAGAGUGACCGGUUAGAAGCUGAGCGUCAUAAAAAGAGAUAUGCUCGAUUCAAACGUAUCAAGGGGAGAAUGUCCAAAUUACUUCUUCACUUGGGCAACCUCUUCGAUGAGUUGUAGUAGAUU